GGCUCCGGCAUGGUGGCUGUGCGGGGGCUGCGGCGCGCGCGGGGCCGGGCCAGGACGACGACGACGAGGGCGGCCGGCGGCUCCAGCUCGACGCCUCCCCCGGCGGAAGCGCGGCCCCCCUGGCGCUGAGCCCUUCGUCUGCCGAGGGAGCAGCUUCCACCGCGGAGGCCCCGGGGGCCCUUGGCAGCCGCCCGCCAUGUCCAUCAUGGACCACAGCCCAACCACAGGGGUGGUGACGGUCAUCGUCAUCCUCAUUGCCAUCGCGGCCCUGGGCGCCCUGAUCCUGGGCUGCUGGUGCUACCUGCGCCUGCAGCGGAUCAGCCAGUCGGAGGACGAGGAGAGCAUCGUGGGCGAAGGCGAAACCAAGGAGCCCUUCCUCCUGGUCCAGUAUUCUGCGCGGGGACCUUGCACCGAGAGGAAGGCCAAGCUCAGCCCCAGCGGCCCCAAGGCGCACGGCUAGCGGGAUUUGCGCAGGCUGCGGAUCCCACGGAUACUGUGAAGGACACGGAGGGCUGCGCCCACCAGUCGCGGCCAUGCAUGCCCGGGGAAGACGACCCUCCUUGCUCUGGGACAUUGUGCCCCUCUCCGGCACGAGGUCUGUUGCUGGCAAUGGACAGGGCAGCUACGCAACCUGCUACUUGAAUUGCCCACUGAGCCCUGACAUAAUGUGAGCAGCUGUGGAGGGAGCGUGUGGAGGAGCCGGGCCGCCUCUCCAGGAACUGGGAAGAAGCAAGACGUUGGGGGGGAGCCACCUUUGGAUUCAGGAGAUGCUCCAUCAGCCCCGCAGGGAUUGCUCCAAAACCAGUGGGGGGAGGGGGGCGAUGUUGGACUUGCAUCUGGGGUUCCAGGAGAGAAGAUCAGGGCUGCUAUCGGCUGGUUCUGGAUGGCCGUUUUCUUGGUGUACUUUAAUAGGGGCCUCAGUGUGCAGACGGGACCUACUUCCAUGAGGCCCCUGCCAAUGCUGCCUGGGGAUAAUGGGAGUUGUAAUCAAAUGAUGGGAGUCUGCUGUCCCUGAAGUGGGGGGGCCUUGGGGGAAUAGCCGUUUGAUUGCUGAAAGCAACAGCAGCCCCCCCCCCACCCACCCCUACAGCCAGUGACGACUGCUUCCCUUUUGGGGUGCAGUCAGAGGCUGGGAUUUGGGGGGUGGGGGGUGCAGUAAAAGGCCCUUGUGUAACUAGCCACUUCCUUGCCUGUGGAGUUCUCUGGGUUUUUUUUUUUGGGGGGGGGGGGGGGCUUUGCUCUUGUUCCUCAGAUGUACAGUUCCCAGUGAGUGUAUUUUUGUAGUUAAACCCGUCCCCUCCAAGGGGCUUCUGGGAAUGUCCAGCCAAGUCCCAGGGGAAGAAGAGGGCUCCCCCCUCGCAGCAUCCUUUCCAUUUGUGCGUUGAUGGCCAAAGGGAGACCCUGAGACUUUGAGAACAACCCCCCCCCCUUUGGCCUAAGUAACACACUGCAAGGGGGAGAAACCUAGAAACCCCCCCCCCCAUUUCAGCCCCUCUGACUGGCUGCUGAGUCAAGGGGGGGCCUCUGGCACAGCUUUGCCUGGAGCUCCCCCUUCCCUGUUCACGGCUGGCAGUUUGGGGAGCCCAUCCUGUUGCCCUCAACUGCGUAAAUGCUGCUUCCCACUGACAGCCCCUCAUCCAAGCCCCCUCCCCGCCAGGCACGGCAGAGGCUCCUUCAGCCAGAAGGGGCAGAGCAGCCCUGGGCCAGGCACAGAGAAGGGGGAAAGCGUGGGGUGGAAGCUCUGCAAUUGACACUCCUGGAAGUUCUCUAGAGAGAAAUCUUGAAGGUUGGAUCUUUUGUGUAAUUCCGGCCCUGAUUUUGAGCCAAAGAAGGAAAAGCCCAGAUAAGAGUCAUCUUGGCUUGUUGGUGGUGGCCACCCUCCAAAUUGUUUAAUUUAGGUUAAACUGAUACAAAAUCUAUCAAAUUAGUGCAAUCUUAAAGUGCAAAGAAGAAUCCCUGCAAUUUGACAAUUUCACAAACCCCGAGAGCUCCCGCUGUGGGUCCAUGGCUCAUUAAAAAAA